AACGACAACGCUCACUGCAAUAGCUAAUGAAUCAAAAAGCGCGAUGCGUAUCGUCGUUGUAGGAGUGGGGACACAGAGCAGAGACAGCAAGAGGAGGGAGGAAGGAGAGGUAGAGAGGGAAUGUGCCAUUGUUAGCUUAACCUUUACAUGUUUUGAAAUGUAGAGGGAGAAAUGGGACAGUCUGUAUCAAAUCUCGCUUCCGCUUCCAGCAACACAAGCAGGGAAUCAGGUUUUCAAUCGCCACCAAUCCGUAAUCCUGAGCUCGAUCGGGCACCGUCUAAUCCUGAUCGCCCAGCAGAUGAGCGUACACUGGUCAUCGAGGAAAAUCUUCCGCACCUGGAUUUGAAAGAGGUAUUAGAACCGGUUCUGAAGCAAGAGGAUUUGAAAGAGGCCGACGAAGUGCUUGAGGGUGAGAAAGAGAAUGGGCCUUCGAAUUGGGAAGAAGGGAUGGGCGGUGGAAGCGAAUGGAACGGUUGGGGUGAUAAUACUAACCCUCAAGUCCCCUGGAUCGUAACAGAUGAUAAUGGGAAUGAGAAUGAAACUGUGAUUGAGGACAGGGGUUGGAGAAAUGGUGGUGCUUUCACCGAAAGCCAUCAUAAUCGGAGCUUCAAGACUCGGGCGAAUAGGUUUGGAUCCAAUUGUAAGUAUAAUCGCCCCGUGAGAAGGAAAAACAAGGCUGUUAUGGAGAAGGUGAAGGGAAAGGAAGAAUCCAUGGCAGUCCCAGGCCAAACAGAAUGCAAGGUUCUUAUUACUCCUAUCAUGGGUUCUAAAUGUAGAGUGAGGAUGGGACUGUCUGGAUUAAUACACAUUGCCGAUUCCAACAACACAGGCUGGGAAUCAGGCUGGGAUUGUGCACUGUCUGAUCCCUAUCGCCCAGCAGAUGAGCACACACUGGUCAUCCAGGAAAGGCUUCAGCACCUGGAUUUCAAAGAGGUAUUAGAACCAGUUCUGAAGCAAGAGGAUGAGAAAACUGGUAACUGGGAUUUGAAAGAGGCCGACGAAGUGCUGGAGGGUGAGAAAGAGAAUGGGCCGUCAAAUUGGGAAGAAGAGAUGGGCGGUGGGAGCGAAUGCAACGGUUGGGAUGAUAAUACAAGCCUUCAAGUCCCCUGGAUCGUAACAGAUGAUAAUGGGGAUGAGAAUGUAACUGUGAUUGAGGACUGGGGUGAGAGAAAUGGCGGUGCUUUCACUGAAAGCCAUCAGUAUCGGAGCCUCAAGACUGGGGCGAGUAGGUUUGGGUCCAAUUGUAAGUUUAAUCGCCCCUCGAGAAGGAAAAACAAGGCUGUUAAGGUGAAGCAAAAGGUGGAAUCCAUGGCGAUGCCAGGCCAAACAGAAUGCAAGGUUCUUAUUACUCAUAUCAUGGUUGUUAAGGAGAAGGUGAAGGAACCAGGAAAAUCCACAGAGAGGCCAGGCCAGACAGAAUGCAAGGUUGUUAAGGAGAAGGUGAAGGAACCAGGAAAAUCCACAGAGAGGCCAGGCCAGACAGAAUGCAAGGUUGUUAAGGAGAAGGUGAAGGAACCAGGAAAAUCCACAGAGAGGCCAGGCCAGACAGAAUGCAAGGUUGUUAAGGAGAAGGUGAAGGAACCAGGAAAAUCCACAGAGAGGCCAGGCCAGACAGAAUGCAAGGUUGUUAAGGAGAAGGUGAAGGAACCAGGCAAAUCCACAGAGAGGCCAGGCCAGACAGAAUGCAAGAGUUACUUGACGUCAGGGGUGUGCAAGUACGGAAGAGCUUGUAGAUACAAACACACAAGGAGCAAAGCUUCAGGAACCACAGUUCUAGAGCCUAACUCUCUGGACUUGCCAAUGAGACCAGUUGUCGAGGAGAAGGUGAAGGAACUGGGCGAAUCCACAGAGAGGUCAGGCCAGACAGAAUGCAAGAGUUACUUCACGUCAGGGGUGUGCAAGUACGGAAGAGCUUGUAGAUACAAACACACAAGGAGCAAAGCUUCAGGAACUGAAGUUCUAGAGCCUAACUCUCCGGACUUGCCAAUGAGACCUACUAUUGUCAUUGGGUGGUUCAAUCUUAUUGAUUUGAAGGUUGUUGAGGAGAAGGUGAAGGAACGGGGCAAAUCCACAGAGAGGCCAGGCCAGACAGAAUGCAAGAGUUACUUGACGUCAGGGGUGUGCAAGUAUGGAAGAGCUUGUAAGCACAAACACACAAAAGGCAAAGCUUCAGGAACCGCAGUUCUAGAGUUGAACUUUCUGGACUUGCCAAUUAGACCAGGAGCGAAAGAGUGCCCCUACUACAUGUCUACUGGCUCCUGCAAGUAUGGAACAAACUGCAGGUUUAAUCAUCCUGAUCCUUUGGCCGUGGAUCAGGAGGAUGAUGGUGGAUCUGCUGCAUCAGGUGCUUCCCAGUCAUCAAUGCAAUCCUCAUCUCCACCUAGGACAUUGAAUGUAACUGCUCCCUAUGUACCAAUGGAGCUUUCACCUUCGCCCGGCUUUCCUCCUCAAAAUCCACAUGGCUAUCAGGCUCCUGUAUAUAUUCCUGAAAUGAGUAUGCAUCCAACACUGGCUGAAGCCAAUGUCUAUACGUACUAUGAGGACCCAACACUGGCUGAAGCCAACGUCUAUACGUACUAUGAGGACCAGGUUCAAGUUGAUGAAUAUCCAGAACGACCUGGCCAACCUGAGUGCAGCCGUUUCAUAAAAACCGGGGAUUGUAAGUUUAAAUUGAAUUGCAGAUAUCACCACCCUAAGGACAGGAUCGUGAAGUCACCCCCAUGUGCUCUCAGUGACACGGGUCUUCCUUUGAGACCUGAUCAUAAUAUUUGUGAACAAUAUAGUCGCUAUGGCAUUUGCAAGUUUGGGCAAGCUUGUAAAUUUGACCAUCCAGUACACCCAGUCUCAGGCUGGGAAUGGUGAUCUGUAACUAGAUGACGCUGGGGUGGCUGGGGACUUUCAAGUGGAAGCAGAAGUGAUACCACUCUUCAGCAGCCUGUGUAAAUAUUUUUGCUCUGGAGGCCCAAAAAUUCUAGGAAUCACUGUUCCAAGGCUUUGUAACUUUAUGUAAUAAACCCCGUAGUGGGUUGUUUUGGGAAGAAAAAGAAGGGGGGGUGGGGGCCGCGCUAAGGGCUUGGUUGGUUUGUUACUGAAAUGGAAAAAAAUGCCGUCAUAGCACUUCUAGUCUACUACCAAAACGCCAUUUUCCGACUCUCUCAUAUAUGUAUAUAUAUUUUUGUAUCAAA